AUGGCCCACCACAACACCCACGAACGGCGACGACGACCCACCACGCUCAGUGACAACGGCCGAGCACCCCGUCCCACCAAUGGUGAACACGGCCCCACCCACAACAACGACGACUCACCAACACCCUCCCGAACGGCUGCAACGGCCCACCAACUGCACGAGCAGAUUCAAUUGUGCAACGAUGGCUCAGGUGAUUGCGGCUCAAGUCAUAAUUCCGGUGUGGUUAACAAAGAAGCUGCCAUCGUUUCUAGGCGUGUUGGUGACGCCAAGGAUCGGGUUCAAAUGGAGUUUGAUGGCCGAACUGGGGAUACCAACAGUGAGUUAUCAGCCUAG